ACUCACCUCUGAAGUUUUCUGCUCUGUCAAAAAUGUCGGGAAGGGGAAGAACCGGUCGCGGUGGUGGCAGGGGCCAACAACAGGGGGGAAGGGGGCUACAGCCUGGCGGUGGUGGUGGCGGCGCUGGUCGUGGACGGGGAGGGGGCGGUUAUCCGCCGUCUUCGUUGUCCUCGUCUGCUCCGCCGUUUCAGCCGCCCGCGGCGGUAGCGCCGGUCGCGUCGCUGGCUAGGGAAAUGGAGCAGAAGAUGACGCUGCAGGCGUCGUCUUCUACUGCUCCUGUUCCUGCUCCGGCUCCACGUCCGGCGCCGGCGACGGUUCCGGCGGUUGUGAUGCCGCCGGCAGGCGGAGAACGGUUGCCGCCGGCGUCGACGAAGGCGGUGAGGAAUGCGCCGAGGCCAGGGUAUGGUACUGUGGGUACGAAGGUGGUUGUAAGGGCGAAUCAUUUCCUGACUACCGUCGCUGACCGUGACUUGUGUCACUACGAUGUUACUAUCACUCCUGAGGUUACAUCGAAGAAAGUGUGUAGGCUCGUUGUGAAGCAGCUCGUCACAUCUUAUGGCGAUUCGAAUCUGGGUGGGAAGACGUUAGCUUAUGAUGGAAGAAAAAGUUGCUAUGCUGCAGGGGAAUUGCCGUUUGCUUCGAAGGAUUUUGAAGUGGAGCUUGUUAGCGAUGAUGGUGGAGCGAGGAGGGACCGCAAAUUUAAGGUUUCGAUUAAAUUUGCUGCGAAAGCAGAUCUGCACCAUCUCAAGGAAUUCAUAAGGUGUAGGCAGGUGGAUCUUCCCCAGGAAACUCUGCAGUGUCUGGAUGUGGUUCUAAGGGAGGGGCCAUCUAACAGUUAUCAAGUUGUUGGGAGAUCGUUCUUUGAUUCUACGUUGGGCGAGACAGGGGACCUUGGAAAUGGUUUGGAAUACUGGAAAGGUUAUUAUCAGAGUCUUCGCCCAACUCAGAUGGGCUUGUCUCUGAAUAUCGAUAUGUCGGCAAGGGCAUUCUUUGAGCCUAUAAAUGUUGUUGAGUUCAUCUCUAAGUACCUCAACAGAGAUGUUUCGAGGGGUUUACAUGAUCAAGAUCGUGUUAAGGUGAGGAAGGUGUUAAGAGGCCUUAAGGUUGAAAGCAACCACUUGGGUCACAUUAAACGGUACAAGGUCUCGGGUUUGUCUACUCAGGUGAUCGGAGAUUUGAAGUUUUCCUUGGACGAGACUGGAGGACAGAUAACGGUUGUUAAGUACUUCGAGACUAAGUAUGGUAUUCGACUUAGGUGGACAAACUUGCCUGCCAUUCAGGUCGGCAGUGAUUCAAAACCUGUUUCUAUUCCAAUGGAGAUUUGCAAAAUUGUCGGGGGCCAGCGAUACUCGAAAAAGCUGAAUGAGAGGCAAGUGUCUGCCUUGCUGAAAGCUACUUGCAAGAGGCCAAACGAGAGACAGAAAACCAUCGAAGAGGCAAGGAUUUAUGAAACUGAUUACUAUUUCCUUGAAAAUUUUCCUAACUUCUUUUACCAUGCUUUUAUGUUUGAUAUGCAGAUGGUGAGGAAGAACAAUUAUGCUGCCGACAGGCUUGCACAGCAAUUUGGUAUUCAAGUCAAAACCGAGCUCGCCACAAUAGAGGCUCGGGUUUUGCCGCCCCCAAUGCUUAAAUACCAUGAAUCUGGAAAGCAAGCACUGGUCGAGCCUAGUGUAGGUCAAUGGAACAUGAUUGACAAGAAAAUGGUUAAUGGAGCUAGAGUUGAUUUCUGGGCGUGUAUUUCAUUUACUCGGUCAAAUUUGGAUGUGAACCGUUUCUGCCAUGAGCUGAUCAACAUGUGCUGCAGUAAGGGGAUGGUUUUCAAUCCGAAUCCUCUAGUCCGUACGCGAUCAGCUGAUGCAGGAAAGAUCGAGACAGCCCUGAGCACCAUUCAACGUGAAUCAGAGGAUCAGCUGAAAAAGAUGAAUGCGGCUGGAAGAUUCCUUCAGCUGCUCAUCAUUAUCUUGCCCGACUAUUCUGGCUCCUAUGGGAAGAUUAAACGCAUCUGUGAAACGGAUCUUGGGAUUGUAUCUCAAUGUUGCCAGCCAAAGCAGGCAAUGAAAUACAAUAAGCAAUAUAUGGAGAAUGUUUCCCUGAAGAUAAAUGUCAAGGUCGGAGGGCGCAAUACUGUUCUUCAAAAGCCUAUGCCAAUUCUCUAUGAUCGCCCCACCAUUGUAUUUGGAGCUGAUGUUACUCAUCCACAACCGGGAGAGGAUUCCAGUCCUUCCAUUGCUGCUGUGGUAGCCUCAGUCGACUGGCCCGAAAUUACUAAAUUUCGAGGGCUGGUUUCUGCGCAAACCCACCGGGAAGAAAUUAUACAAGAUCUGUAUAGCGAUGGACUCGAUCAAACAAAAGGCGUGGCUCGGGGCGGAUUAAUUGGUGAACAUCUGAAAGCCUUCUACCGUUCAACAAAGCGUAAGCCCGACAGGAUUAUAUUUUACAGGGACGGCGUCAGCGAGGGGCAGUUCAGUCAGGUGCUGUUAUAUGAAAUUGACGCUAUUCGCAAGGCUUGUGCGUCCCUAGAAGAAAACUACCUUCCGCGUGUAACUUUCGUUGUGGUUCAAAAGCGACACCACACUCGUCUUUUCCCCGCGCGACAUUUUGAUCGCCAGACUACUGACCGGAGCGGCAACAUUCUGCCGGGUACUGUUGUCGACACCAAAAUAUGCCACCCGUUCGAAUUCGACUUCUACUUAUGCAGCCAUGCUGGGAUCCAGGGAACUAGCCGCCCGACUCACUACCAUAUCCUCUACGAUGAAAAUGGCUUUAGCGCCGAUACUAUGCAAAUUCUGACAAACAACAUGUGCUACACAUACGCGAGGGCCACGCGCUCGGUCUCUGUGGUCCCGCCUGCUUACUACGCGCAUCUGGCUGCAUUCCGCGCUCGUUACUAUAUUGAAGGCGAUGAAUUUUCUGACAGCGAAUCGAAUUCUGCGAUGGCGCCGGGGAGGGCGACCAGAGACAGGAACGCGGCCGUUCGACCCCUGCCGAAGAUCAAAGACAAUGUGAAGGAAGUUAUGUUUUACUGCUGAGUAUGUUUAGUCGAUAAGUGUUUUGAGAAAGACUGAAGAAGUGUCUGAGAAAGACGCAUACAUCGAGUAGUUUUGUUUUUGAGUUUGAACUAUUCUGUCGCGUAUGGUAGCGACUAGAAACUUAUAUAUAUUUAUGUGAUGUUGUUUUUGAAUAUGUUUGAAGUUUAUUUUGGUAUAUGUUUUUAGUACAUAGAUGAUUGGCAUUAGGAGCAAUGUUUAAUCAGCU